UCACUUUACUCACAUCUUUAAACUCUGAGCUGAGGUUCUGUGUGGUUCUGUGUGGUUCUGUGUGGUUCAGUAACGAGAGGAUCCUUCAUCCUGCCUCUGAAGCGGGAGGCUUUUAUUUUGAAAGGUGUCGCAAAUAUGAGGAAAAUGGCUGCCAGCUCUCCAAAAGACAAGUAUUUCGGCGUGUGGCUGAUCUUCUUCAUGCUCGGGUUGGGGACGCUGCUGCCCUGGAACUUCUUCAUGACCGCCACUGUGUACUUCACCAGCCGUCUGAAGGACUCCCCAUUGGAGGAAUCCUCAGCCAAUCAGACGGAGGCGCCAGGUGAGCGCAGUGCGUUGGAGGCGAGCUUCAACAACGUGAUGACGCUGUGUGCGAUGCUGCCGCUGCUGCUGUGCACCUGCCUGACCUCGCUGCUGCACAAACUGGUGUCUCAGCGCCUCCUGCUCGGCAGUCUCCUCGUCAUCAUGUUCGUGUUCAUCGCCACCGCCGUCUUCGUCAGAGUUCCUCUGGAGCCGCUCGCCUUCUUCUGCGUCACCAUGGUGAAGAUCGUCAUCAUCAACUCGUUCGGAGCGGUGUUGCAGGGCAGUCUGUUUGGGAUGGCAGGGUUGCUCCCGGCUUCGUACACCACGCCCAUCAUGAGCGGCCAGGGGAUGGCAGGGAGCUUCGCCGCCUUCGCCAUGAUCUGCGCCAUCGCAAGUGGGUCUGAUCUGCAGGAUGCAGCGUUUGGAUAUUUCAUCACAGCCUGUGUUGUUAUCUUUCUGUCCGUGCUCUCCUACAUCCUGCUGCCCAAACUGGAGUUCUUCCAGUUUUAUCAGGAGAAGAACCGGAAACAGAACCCGGAGAACUCAGUGAACCUGAUGAACCCAGAGAGCGAUGGAAAGUCAGCUGAUCAGAGCGGCCAACAGGACGUCUCCAUAAUAAAGAUCUUUAAGAAGAUCUGGCUGCUGGCUCUCUCCGUGUGCUUCACCUUCACCGUCACCAUCGGCACGUUCCCCGCCAUCACGGCCGACACCAAGUCCACGCUGGCCAGGGGGUCCUGGGAGCGAUACUUCAUCCCCGUCAGCUGCUUCCUCCUCUUCAACCUGAGCGACUGGGCCGGACGCACCCUGACCGCCUUCUGUAUGUGGCCGCGGAGCGACAGCAGGAUACUUCCUGUUUCCAUCGUCUGCCGCCUGGUUUUCCCGCCUCUCUUCAUGUUGUGUAACGUUCAGCCCCGCCUGAACCUGCCCGUGUUCUUCCUCCAUGAUGGCUGGUUCAUCUUCUUCAUGGUCCUCUUCGCCUUCAGCAACGGAUACCUGGCCAGCCUCUGCAUGUGCUUCGGUCCAAAGAGAGUUCUCCCUCACGAAGCAGAGACUGCCGGAGCCGUCAUGGCCUUCUUCCUCUCGCUGGGGCUGGCUCUGGGGGCCGGGCUGUCCUUCCUCCUCAGAGCGCUGGUCUAACUAGACCACAUCUGAACUGGUUUACAUCUGAACUGGUUUACAUCUGAACUGGAGACCACAUCUGAACUGGAGACCACAUCUGAACUGGUUUACAUCUGAACUGGUUUACAUCUGAACUGGUUUACAUCUGAACUGGUUUACAUCUGAACUGGAGACCACAUCUGAACUGGUUUACAUCUGAACUGGUUUACAUCUGAACUGGAGACCACAUCUGAACUGGAGACCACAUCUGAACUGGUUUACAUCUGAACUGGAGACCACAUCUGAACUGGUUUACAUCUGAACUGGAGACCACAUCUGAACUGGAGACCACAUCUGAACUGGUUCACAUCUGAACUGGAGACCACAUCUGAACUGGAGACCACAUCUGAACUGGAGACCACAUCUGAACUGGAGACCACAUCUGAACUGGUUCACAUCUGAACUGGAGACCACAUCUGAACUGGUUCACAUCUGAACUGGAGACCACAUCUGAACUGGAGACCACAUCUGAACUGGUUCACAUCUGAACUGGUUUACAUCUGAACUGGAGACCACAUCUGAACUGGUUCACAUCUGAACUGGUUUACAUCUGAACUGGAGACCACAUCUGAACUGGUUUACAUCUGAACUGGUUUAACUAGAGACCACAUCUGAACUGGUUUACAUCUGAACUGGUUUACAUCUGAACUGGUUUACAUCUGAACUGGUUUAACUAGAGACCACAUCUGAACUGGUUUACAUCUGAACUGGUUUACAUCUGAACUGGUUUACAUCUGAACUGGUUUAACUAGAGACCACAUCUGAACUGGAGACCACAUCUGAACUGGUUUACAUCUGAACUGGUUUAACUAGAGACCACAUCUGAACUGGUUUACAUCUGAACUGGUUUACAUCUGAACUGGUUUACAUCUGAACUGGUUUAACUAGAGACCACAUCUGAACUGGAGACCACAUCUGAACUGGUUUACAUCUGAACUGGUUUAACUAGAGACCACAUCUGAACUAGAGACCACAUCUGAACUAGAGACCACAUCUGAACUGGUUUACAUCUGAACUGGAGAC